AUGCGAAACGCUCUGGGAAUCGACAAAUCCAUCGACAUCCUGGACCACAUCUAUUCCCUCCCUGUCUCCGACCAAGAAGCAGCUCAUGAGAAAAUCCGCACUAUAGAACGCGAAGCCAUGCUCACCCAAGUUCCCCAACCAGGCCUUCAAACCCUCUUCACCUAUCUCGCAACCCUUACACCUCCCCUCCCCCUCGCAAUCCUAACACGCAACCACCCACCCCCAGUCCACCACCUCCUUACCACCCACCUUCCACAAACCCCAUUCUCGCCCAUCAUAACCCGCGAAUUCCGACCUCCAAAACCUCAUCCCGCAGGAAUUCUCCACAUAGCAAAGGAGUGGAAUGUCAAUCCAGCCGAUACGAUUAUGGUGGGCGAUUCGAUCGAUGAUAUGAAAGCUGGGUUUGCGGCAGGGGCCGCAACGGUGCUCUUGGGGAAUAGUGUUAAUGGGCAGUUGUGGGAACAUGAGUGUACGGAUUUGGUGGUGAGGAGGUUGGAUGAGUUGGUCGGGAUUCUAGAGAAGGGGUUUGUGGGGAGGGUGGAGAGAUAG